AUGCCAUUAAUCAAAAAUCAAACAACAACAGCAGCAGCAACAACUACAACAACUUUAAUAGAUGAAAUCGAUAAAACAACAACAACAACAGCAACAACACAAUCAACGCAUAAGCCGAAACAGAAAGCAAACACUGCCAAUAAUAAAAUAACAACAACAAAUGGAACUGCUACAACUACUAUUUCUAAUAUUACAACAACUAAAAACCAUAGACAACAACAAAAACAAAAGCCGUUACAUGACAUAACCACAACAUUGACAACAACAGCUACAAAAAGAAAAAAACAUUUUAGCAACAACAAACAUAGAAAACAUAAAACCUCGUUGGCUAAAUCCGUUCCUGCCACACCUGUACAAGUAAAUCCCUUAACAACGAAUCAUUUUGUGCCAUCCUCACCAGAUUUUUACGAUGAUCAUGAUAUUGAUAAUGAUGAUGACGAUGAUGUGCUCUACAUGCCACCCUAUUCAUAUCCUAAUUGUUCUUUAGAUAUUUUAAAUGCAGACUAUAACUUUGAAAAUGAAUUCGAUUUUAAUGCCACCCAGCAACAGCAGCAGCAACAGCAACAACAGCCUGAUCAAGAGGAAGUUGAGGAAGAGGAGGAGCAUUUUCGUGAAGCUUUAGCCGAUAAUCAUCCUUUAGAAUUGCAACGUGAUAUUGAAGAGGACUCCUCUUCUAUGGCCAUGAUAACACCGCCACCACCCUAUGAUACACCCUACAGUAAACAACAGCAGCAGCAACAACUGUUGUCACAACCCUAUACCAUGUAUUCGUCCUCUCAACGCUAUCCUCAACAUCAAGCUGCCUAUACAGCACCCAAAGCACAACGUUCUCAUCACACCCCACACACCCGCAAAUAUAUUUUCAACAACAAUCGCGAACAAUUCAAUAUCAGCUCCUCGAAUGGCAAUUCUAGUUCUAAUUCCAUACAACAACAGCCUCAAUCCUCGUCACUGGGCAGUACACUCACCAAUGCCAUUACGCCCACAAAAUUAAGUGCAGCUGCGGCUGCCAUGUUUGCGGCCCCACAAAUGGUUCAACUAAAUCGUAAAUGGUCGAAUUUGCAUCGUAAACGUCGACGACGUAACAGUAGUUCGGGUGAUUCAAAGGAAUUAGAUAAACUAGUCUUGCAGUCCGUAGAUUGGGAUGAAAAUGAUAUUUAUUGA